AUGGAGAAAUUGACGAAAAUUCCCAUCAACUCGACACCAUCAACUGAUUCGAUCGAUUGGCUUCUCGCCGGCCUCGUCUGCGCGUUGUGCCUCAUUUUUCUGCUCAUCGCCAUCAAAAUCUGCUACAACUAUUCGACGAAAUUCCCGACAAUCAAACGAAGUCACAACGAGAUGUUCGAGGAUCUGAAUCGUCGCGGGAUCUCGAUGAAGGGCACCCGUGGCACCGCGCGCUAUUCCGUCGCUUGA